AUGAUUUGCAUUUUUUUCAUCAUUGCCUUUUCAAUGGUCAAGGCCGAAUCAAUUCCAGAUCAAACAAUAGAACUUCUAAACAUUACUGACAGCAUGUAUACUUCUGUGCUGGUGCCGGAAGAACGGAGUCAAGAAUAUAUGGUGUUUCCGGCUGAUAAUCAAGUAUCACGCACGAAGAAGCAAAAAGCGAAGGCAUGGCAAAACACAUAUAAAGCUCAACGGUAA